AUGACCGUUUCAGCACCUCAUCUAUGGAAGAACACUCCCGCACCAGGGGUGGAAGAGUUUUAUCCACUGAAUGAGCCUGCUAUCGCCACUCCUUAUACAGCGGAAACCCACCCUCAGAAUAAAGCUGUGCCAAAGCUGUUCAAGCCCUUGAAAAUCCGAGAUGUUGAAUUUAAGAACAGAAUCUGGGUUGCGCCGAUGUGCCAAUAUUCGGCUGUAGACGGACAUAUGACUGAUUGGCAUCUUGUCCACCUAGGUGGAUUCGCUACCCGCGGCGCGGGAACCAUUAUGCUUGAGGCAACCUCCGUCACCCCUGAGGGCCGCAUAUCUCCUGAAUGCCCUGGCAUCUGGUCCGACACCCACAUCGCGCCUAUGAAGCGUAUCGUCGAUUUCAUUCAUGGGCAAGGGACCACCGUUGGUAUUCAGCUAGCUCAUGCUGGUCGAAAGGCCAGUACGUUUGCUCCCUAUGUGCUGGAGCGUCGAAAGAAGGCAGGAUAUACCGGCUCCGAUAGCCAGGUUGCUGGAAUCGAAGAUGGUGGAUGGCCCGAAAACAUAAUUGGUCCCAGCGAUAUUCCUUAUUCGGAAGAUCUCGGCAAGCCUCAAGCUUUGACCGAGGAGGGUAUCCAAGGUUUGCUAAAGGCUUACGUGGAUGCAGUUGAAAGGUGCAAGAAGAUUGGCUUUGACUUUAUCGAGAUUCAUGGUGCUCACGGAUAUCUCCUUCACUCGUUCUACUCUCCCAUAUCCAACAACCGUACCGACAAGUACGGUGGCUCGCUCGAAAACCGUCUGCGCUUCCCGCUCGAAGUGAUCCGUACCGUCCGUGCAGCUUGGGACAAGCCUCUGUUCUUCCGUUUCUCAGCUACAGACUGGGCUGAGACCGAGAAGAACGAGAGCGGAGAAUGGGUGAGCUGGGGCAUCGAGCAGAGCGUGGAGCUAUCUAGGAAGGCACAAGCCGAGGGAGUCGAUCUCGUAGACGUGAGCAGCGGGGGAAACUACGUCAAGCAAAACAUUCUUGUUGGGUGGAACUAUCAGGUACAAUUCUCCGCACGUAUCAAGAAAGAGUUGCCCGACCUCUUGGUCGGAGCUGUAGGACUUAUCACGCAACCUCAACAAGCUGAGGACAUUCUGCAAGAAGGGAAAGCAGACGUUGUACUGCUCGCCCGUGAGCUUCUGAGGAAUGUUGACUUCCCGUUGAAGGCGGCCGAAGCGCUUGGUGUGGCCGUGAAGCCCGCAAACCAGUAUGAAUGGGCUUGGAGGAGAUUGACAGCUCCCAAGUCUGAGUAG